AUGGGGUCCGCUAGAGGAUGUGGAUGGGGAUUGGGUCGAUUGGUUGUUGGGAAUGUGGGUGGGUUGGGGGAUUUGGCUUGUGAGAGAUGA